AUGCAUCUACUCAACCCCAUCCUAGCGCUCAUUUUCGCUCUUUAUUUCGGUUAUGGAGCCCUCGGUAUAAUCAGUAAUAUCCUGCCGUUGAACGUCUUAGACGAGAUCUUGGCCCGUAAGCUGGCUGCCAGUGAUGCCGUGGUCACUGAGGAAGGCUCAAUCUACAAGGAGUCUCUGAAAAAACCAAGCAACGAUACUUUUGAGGAGAAGAAUGAUGCCCAUGAGGCUCAUUCCGGUGUAUGUCUCCUUGUUUGUGAUCAGUCUACCGUCUCUAGUAGAUCUUUCGCUAUUGACAAGCAUAUGACCGAUGUCUGCUACUCUACCACCGGUUGCAAGCGUGGCAAGGCCUACGAUAUUGUCACUACUACCGCCCGCCAAUCCUUUGUUGGUAAAAUGGCUAUUAUUGUUCAAGGCGCCAAUAGCCAAGGUUAUUUUGCAGCUAUCAUGGAUAACAUCGGCGCCACACUGCUUGUUGUCGUUAUAUUUGGAUCCUCGCUGGUGGGCCGGUGGUUUCUACCGUCACCUGGAGGUCGCUACGCCCGAAGAUUCCAACAAACGUACCAAAGCCGUCGAGGACGAUGA